CAGUUGUCAGAAGGCGCUGAAACGCACAGAAAAAAGGAACAAAAAUACAGCUCGAUGCGAUAUCGAGCGCAUAAAAAUUGUACGUAUUUGAAUAUUUGAUUUAAAGGACCGAGAUGAGCACGGCCGGAGAGCGGUGGAAACGACUAGCACAGGAACGUAGGAGCAGAGGUGGCCAGGGAUUCGGAGAUGAGGACUCGUGGACUCCCCCCAGGCCCUACGAGGUGAUGCGGCAACAGAACUGUAAGACUGCAAGCUUCCGUCCGGGUGAGACGUACCCGAGCAUCCGCACGCCUGUGUCGAGGUGCAGCCGGGAGCAGACCAUCAACUGGCUGGCGGACUCGAUCGAGGCGGAUGGAUGUGGGCGACCCUACGGCAUGUCCAACGAUGACAUUUUGCAGAUGUGGCAGCAGAGCCCCCACAAGAAUACCUUGGGGUACUACGGCGUGGGGUCGCAGGUGCCGAAGCCGGAGGCAGUGAAAUUCAAUCAGCAGAUCACGCAGAGCCUCCAGAGGGCCAACGGUCUCAAGCAGCGUAGAAAGCAAUUACAACUUCAGGGACCAAGGACUCUACCAACCAUCGGCGGGAAGAAGAUUGCGGCAUCGGCCUAUAAGCCAUACGUCCUCAAUCGCGAGGCCAUCAAAGCGGCCAUCCAGAAGAUGCCGACCGUCAAGAAAAACCUGUCGCCCAGUCAGGCCUUGACGACGGUGUACUGCCACAAGUCCGAUCCCGUGGAUCCCUUUGGCGUCACCAAAGAGAAACAGCAGCAGCAGCCCGAACUGAAAAUGGAGCAUGCUCCGCUGAAGAAGACGUACGGCCAUCGGCGCCCUUAUCGGUACUGCGGCUGGCGGUGCGAUGAGCCGAAGAACAAGUGCACGGACUACGAGUGGAAGAAGUACAAGCAGGAUCCGCGACCCUGCGACGAAGACCUCAAGCGGGAGCAGAAGGUGGCACAGGAGCAGACCCAGGUGCCCGAACCGCGGAACUACGAGGAGCUGUACUUACGCCUGGUCAAAUGCUUCGAAGCUCUCAAGGUGGAGUGUCCCAUGUGCAAGGUCUACGCGCAGUGCUGUAACCCGAGGGGACUCGAGGGCGAUGCGCCUGGUGUCCCAGAUAUGGAUCUAGGAUAUGGCGACGGCGGAGGCACACAUCCCGGAGACAAAUUCAGGCCAGGAGACAAACCCGGACGGGGAAGCAAGCCAGGAUAUGAUGAGAAGCAUUUGGGAGAUGGCGAAAAACCGGAAGAUGGAGGAAAACCCGGUUAUGGUGAUAGGCCCGGAGGAAAGCCAGGAGUUGGUGACCAGUCCGGAGGAAAGCCAGGAGAUGUAGACAAGCCCGGAGGAAGGCCAGGAGAUGUGGAUAGGCCCGGAGGAAUGCCAGGAUAUGGUGACAGGCCCGGAGGAAAGCCAGGAUAUGGUGACAGGCCCGGAGGAAUGCCAGGAGAUGGUGACAAGCUCGGAGGAAAGCCAGGAGAUGGUGACAAGUACGGAGGAAAGCCAGGAGAUGGUGACAAGACCGGUGGAAAGCCAGGAUAUGGUGACAAGCCCGGAGGAAAACCAGGAGGCGGUGACAAGCCCGGAGGAAAGCCAGGAGAUGGCGACAAGCCCGCAGGAAAGCCAGGAGGUGGUGACAAGCCCGGAGGAAAGCCAGGAGAUGGCGACAAGCCCGGAGGAAAGCCAGGAGACGGUGACAAGCCCGGAGGAAUGCCAGGAGAUGGCGACAAAUCCGGAGGAAAGCCAGGAGAUGGUGACAAGCUCGGAGGAAAGCCAGGAGGUGGUGACAAGCCCGGAGGAAAGCCAGGAGAUGGCGACAAGUCCGGAGGAAAGCCAGGAGGAGGUGACAAGCCCGGCGGAAAGCCAGGAGUUGGAGACAAGCCCGGUGGAAAGCCAGGAGAUGGAGACAAACCCGGCGGAAAGCCAGGAGGUGGUGACAAGCCCGGAGGAAAGCCAGGAGGUGGUGACAAGCCCGGAGGAAAGCCAGGAGGAGGUGACAAGCCCGGCGGAAAGCCAGGAGUUGGAGACAAGCCCGGUGGAAAGCCAGGAGAUGGAGACAAACCCGGCGGAAAGCCAGGAGGUGGUGACAAGCCCGGAGGGAAGCCAGGAGGUUUGGACAAGCCCGGAGGAAAGCCAGGAGGAGGUGGCAAACCAUGGGACAGGCCGGCCGUUGGGGAAGAAGCGCCCGACUAUAAAGGGCAGGCGGGAGACAAGCCUGGAUCUCUUCACGAGGACGAGAAAAAAGAGGGGGGAAAAGGCAAGCUGAAUCACAAGCCAUCGGAGAGCAAAUUGAAGACAACGCAACCUGAUGAUCCGGAUGCGCCGGAUAAACCAGGGGGAAAAGAUAAAGGUAAAUCCAAGCGACCGAGGCCCUCUAAACCAGAGUGUGACCCAGACGAUCCAUUCUGUGACACUUACAGCCAAGAUACACCCAAGCAAUCGAUCAAUAAACCAAAGGGAUCAAAGACAAGUCGGCCGUCUGAACGAGAGUGUGAUCCAAACGAUCCAUUGUGUAGCGUGAAAAAAGAUCCUGGGGAUAGCUUGACACAACCACCCGGAGCACCACCCAUCGGGCCAAUUUCACAACCCACACAGGGCCCAGAGAUCCCCAAGAAAGGGAUCAAGGAUCAAGGACCGCCCGGUGGUGAUGGGAAAACUGGUAAAGGUAAAGGCCCCAAGGGUGGUCCCUCGAGGGAGGAGGUCAAGCCGGAAAAGGAAAAUAUUCCAUCGUGUCCCUGCCCCAUUUGCGAAUUCUUGCGGCGCCACAACGAACCCGACUCGCCGAUGAUCCGCGAGAUGAAGCGCCAGGAUAAGUUGCGCCAGCAGCGCGAAUACUACAAGCAGAUGUGCCACCGGCAGUACUUGGAGUGUCGCGAGCCCGAGUACCGGGCCCCACAGCACCGUUGCGAUCCCAUCGACUGCGACAACACGUUCUGCAGCAACCCGAAGCUCGGGGAUUACUGUGAGUGCUUAAAGGCCAUGCAGGACCUGCAGCAGAUGCUUGGCAAGAAUCACAAGAUCGUUGGCAACCAGCUGCUGUUCGACCUGGAGGACCUGAGAAGUCGCCUUUGCAAGCAGAUGUGUGACUGUCUCUAGAGAAUCGUCCUUCAAAAUAUAUAAUUUUCGGAAUAAGAAUCUGUAUUUGGAAAACAAUUCGAGCAUUAAAAAAAUAGUUUCCA